CUCAUAAAUGAAGUCUGUGAGGCAUGAAUGUGAGUGAUUUAGGUAAACUCCUUAUAAUUGCUUGGUAUAUAAGACAGGGAUAGGGUAGAGUUUCCCAAGGAAAAGGUUAGGGACUUACCAUGGUUUCUAAGUGCCACGUUCCCAGCAUAAGAAUGUAGUCAUUUCAAGUUUCUCAGCACACAGUUUUACCCAGAUUUCAUUGCCAUUCUUCUUCUUCUUGAAUUGCUUCACCCAUAAGUGUUUGGAAGUUUGGGAAAAAGAUGAAAAACUUAUAGAGGGAGCAGUGAUGUUUGACUGUCCACCAAAAAACACCAACGUUUGUCCUAGAAAACUGGUUUAAUUUGGUCACAAAGGCUGAUCUUUCAUUCUCACACGCCAUGUCUUAAUCUAUACAGUCUUGUAGCUCUCUCACUUUCACACUUGUCCAUGAAGACAAUUAGCCUUGCUCUUCUCAGGUGCCACCUUUUAUUUUCAGUGUUUUUCUAAGCAGUAGUGUGGGUUGGGGCUAUCUCAGAAGCCAUGGCUAAGAAGAAGAGCUGGUGCAGUGUUCUCAAAAGGCUUAUUGUUCUGGGGAGAGAGGCCAGAUUAGAAAAGGCGAAGCGAAAGAGGCCAAUUGGGAGGCUGAGAAUCAAAUGGUUGGCCUUGUUCUCAGCUCCACCACACCCAAAAGAUGAACAUGAGGCCUGCAGAGAGGAAGAGCUGGGAAAUUCUGCAACUAAUGCUGCAGAUUCUGUGCAUUUCGUGCCCGGGGGGGCGCCUUGCUGUGUUGCUUCCUCUCAGCCUGCCCAUCACCAUAAAGAAGAGAUUUCAGAACUGUCAGAAAAUCCUCACCUCCAUGCUCAAAAACACUGUUGUAGCUAUGAUAUAGAGGUUCAGACCCUUGCUUCCAUCAAAAUUCAGACAGCUUUUCGCGGUUUUCUUGCAAGAAAAGCGUUGCGAGCAUUGAAAGGACUAGUGAGGCUUCAAGCAAUCAUUCGAGGCCAUGCUGUUCGUCGCCAAACUAUUGCCACGCUUAAGCGCCUGCAGUCCAUUGUAAACAUCCAGUCAGAGGUCUGUGCCCAGAGGUGCAACUUAGUGAACAACAUAACAGAGUUUCAAGAAAAUCAGUACCAGGACCUAAGAGAGAGAGAUAUAAAGAUAGAUUUGAACAGCCAGAGAAGGUGGGAUAAUCGGGUUCUGUCAAAGGCGGAAGUGAACGCUAUGUGCUUAAGCAAGAGGGAUGCAGCCAUCCGGAGAGACCGCAUAAGGGAAUACUGGUUAAGUCAUAGGAGGUCUGCAGAGUCAGAACAGACAAGUGCACAUACAAAACAAAGGUAUUGGCUACAACAAUGGGUAGAUGCCCAGCUAGCCAAACGAGAAGACCUCGAAAACCUGGGAACAGUUUUCUCUGCAAGUGCAAGAAUGAAAGACAGGUUUGAUAAUCAAAGAGAAGCAAAUGCAAAGCCAAAUAUGCUGAAACAAUACAAGACAGAAAGUUUGAUGUCUCCAAUUCGGGCGCCAAGAAGAUCGUUUAACAACUCUAUAGGGGAUGACAGCCCUGUGGCAUCCCCAGCUGUGCCUACUUACAUGGCAGCCACUGAAUCAGCCAAGGCAAGAGCUAGAUCACUGAGCUCCCCAAGGCUAAGGCCAAUGAAGUUCGACGCCUACUCCGAGAUUAAUUCCCCAUACAAGUAUAAGCUCUCUCCUAUCUCCUCUAUUAACAGUGAGGUCACUAUAACCAGCAGGGUUCUACAUCCUACAAGCCUGUCACAAAGAUCACCAUGCCUGAGGAGUGCACCUGGUCCUGUGAGAUCAAGCAGAAGCCUAAAGAACAUUAGCUUGGAGCAAGAUUUGUGAUGCCCAAAUUGGGAACUCUAAUAGUGCCCACCAGAUGAUUAACCAGAAAUGACAACAUUUGUAACAUUUGGAUGGUCUGCUUACAUAUUUCAGUUCAUAAUAAAAACUGUUAGGAUCAAGCAUUUACCGCCGCGCAAAAAUCAACUUUUUUUUUUACCGUCACAUUGUCGAGAUACACCAGAGAGACAGGGUAUUGGACCUCGUGGACUUGGCCCUUUAGGCCAACAAUUCCCCGCUCCUGUCAACCUUAACUUCAGAGUUUACUUUGA